UAGAUUAAUUACUGAGUGUUGAGUGUAGUGAUGUGGUAGGACUGUCAAACAGUGUUUGAUGAUAGUGGUUCAAAGUUUGUAAUCUUUUUGUUUAGUUUGUAUAAAUUACAAAAAUGAACAGAAAAAAAUCGGUAAACCCUGAUCUUGUUGAAGAGAGAAAAAAAUGUACAUUUAAUACUCAAGAACUGACACACUUGCUGGAUGGCAGUGCAACAAAAACAGAAGAGAGACAUAGCAGAGAAAAGUUUUUCCUCGAAGAUCCAGAGUUACAGUCCAAAGUCCCAUUAGAAUAUUUAAGUCACAAGGAAAAAUAUGAAGAUGCUGUACGAAAAGCUUGUAUUAUAUUCAGAAAAGUGCAAGAGCUUCAGAAUGAAGGCAAAGGUGGUAUGGAUAAUUUCAGAGAAAUAUUGGGUGGCCAGUUAGGUUCUGCAAUUUUGAAAGAUGGCAAUCCAUUAACGCUGCAUUAUGUUAUGUUCAUUCCAACACUGAUGGGACAGGGAACAAUAGAACAACAAGCCGAAUGGAUACAAAAAGCGUGGAAUUGUGAUAUUAUAGGAACUUACGCACAAACUGAAUUAGGUCAUGGAACAUUUAUCAGAGGUCUUGAAACAACUGCCACUUACGAUCCUUCCACAGAGGAAUUUGUUCUGCACAGUCCAACUCUAACGUCUUAUAAAUGGUGGCCAGGAGGAUUGGGUCAUUCUGCGAAUUACGCCGUUGUGGUCGCCCAGCUGUACACAAAGGGCACAUGUCAGGGGAUACAUCCAUUUAUCGUUCAACUUCGCGAUGAGGAAACCCAUGAGCCUUUGCCAGGUAUUAAAAUAGGUGAAAUUGGAUGCAAACUUGGUAUGAACAGUACCAACAAUGGUUAUCUUGGUUUUGACAAUGUUAGAAUACCAAGAAUCAAUAUGUUAAUGAAAAAUAGUCAAGUGUUGCCUGAUGGCACUUACGUUAAAUCACCCAGUAGUAAAUUAACUUAUGGAACAAUGAUUUUUGUCAGAGUUGUAAUAGUGCAAGACGCUGCACAUUACUUGCGAAAAGCUGUAACUAUAGCCACAAGAUACAGUGCUGUUCGUCACCAAUCACAAAUCAAACCCGAUGAACCGGAACCCCAAAUUAUCGAUUUCGUAACACAACAGUAUAAAUUGUUUCCUCAAAUCGCUACUUAUUUUGCAUUCCAAUAUAGCGGAUCUUGGCUGUGGGAUAUUUACAACAAUGUGACUAACGAACUUGAAUCUGGACAACUAGAAAGCUUGCCUGAACUUCAUGCUAUUGCCUGUUGCCUGAAAGCUGUGAGCAGUGCUGACGCAGCUAGUGGAGUGGAAAUUUGUCGUUUGGCGUGUGGAGGCCACGGUUACAUGACUUCGUCCAACCUUCCUUCAACUUACGGCUUAGUAACGGCAAUGUGCACUUAUGAGGGCGAAAACACUGUUCUUUUACUGCAAACCUCACGUUUUCUUAUAAAGUCCUGGCAAAAUCGUAAUAAAUUGGACAAGUUGGCCACUGUUGCAUACUUAGGACGCAAAAUAAGUAACAAUCCGUUUGAAAAAUCCGUAGAAUGGAUCAUUUACGCAUUGCAGAAAACUGCAUCGAGCAAAAUCGAACUGGCAAAUAACCGUAUAAAUGCAAGAGUACGAAAUGGGAAGAAAUACGAAGAUGCCUGGAAUGAGACUUCAAUUGAACUUGUAGCGGCCGCUGAAGCUCACUGUAGAUGUUUCAUUGUUACAACCUUUUACAAUAAGGUUAAUAGUUUGAAUGUCUCUAAGGAACUGAAAACUGUGCUGAUUCAACUUAUGAAUUUGUAUGCCGUUUAUACUGCACUUAGAUUAACGGGUGAUCUUUUUAGAUUUACGAAUAUCACCGGACAAGAUGUAGAAACACUCCAGGACUGGCUGGAAGAACUGUUGGCACUUAUACGUCCCAAUGCAAUUGGAAUUGUUGACAGUUUUGAUAUUCGUGACGAGGUUUUAGGUUCUACUUUGGGAGCUUAUGACGGAAACGUAUAUGAAAGAUUAUACGAAGAAGCGUCAAAAAGUCCACUUAAUUCCGAGCCAGUAAACAAAUCAUUCAAAUCAUACUUAAAACCUUUCAUGAAAUCAAAUUUGUAAAUUUUGAAAAAAUUAAUUUAGUUUAGCUUUGGAAUAGGGGACCAGCAGUAGUAAUUGUAUUGAACAAAAGACGUCUUUGUUUAGUUAAACUAACAGAGAUCAUGUGAUUUAAAACUGUACUUGGUGUUUAGUCGUGAAGCAAAAAAUGUUUUUAAGAGAGUAUACGUUUGUUAAUUAAAAACAUUGGAAUAAAA